AUGCAAAAAACGAAACACGCUGCUUUAGCAAUUACGACACGAACUCAUUCCUCCGUCCAAGAACAGGCUAGUUAUCUUUUGUCCGUGAAGUCGCCGCCCGGGGACUCUUCUGACAGCAAAAACAACUCACGCACAGUUUUUUUGUUUGUAGUUGCGAGUUGAGGAGGAGCCUAACGUAGUCUCCGCAUAAAAACCGCUCCCUCGGCCGUAGCUUCGGUCAUUAUACACUUUGAGCCAAAGAGAGAAGUUCAUUAACUCGGAGUACAGUGAUCCAAGCCGUAUGUCCACCAGAUUUGUGUAUCAACCAUAGCAGAUACCAAGAGCAGACGACAACUUUACGGAAAAUGGCGGGAACGACUAGCGCAAGAAUUUGCGUGCUUUUAGCAAUGGUUGCUGUAGUUAUAUCGACACUCACACGAUCAGCUAGCACAAUGGAAACGCCUUAUUCGGAAGAAGAGAACCUCCCGUACGACAUGGUUGCAAGACCAGCAGCCACAUCCCCCGGGCUAUGGCAAAGAAGGACGGUAGACCUGCUACUGGAUGCCCUGGUCUUGUUAAGAGAAGACAUGGACACGCCUAAUGAAGAUGACGUACAACGAGUUUCAAAAAGAAAAUCACACUUUCUGUUCUGGAGGACACCCGUAUUUGACAAAGGACAAGGAUCUCAGAAAAGAAGCAUUUGAGGACCACAAAUCAAGUGACUCUCGACUACAUCACGAUUCAACUAAACAUAGUCGUGUAAGGAUACUACGCCUUUGGCUAUGGCCACGGCUUACUACAGUGAACAGCCGUAGCCAGAGGUGUUUAAUUCAUAUACACGGAUAGCGGACAACAUUUGGGGUUAUUUUCUUGCCGUACUUGGGCAAGCAAAUGGCGACCGAAGUAACAAUAAUCUUGCUGGUUUGAGAAAGGUUUAGCCUGAUGCGGGUUUUCUUCUUCUUUUUCAAACCGUAGUUUCUGAAACGCUCGAAGUUAUUACGUCUUAAACGACGUCAUCAAAGUUACUCGCACACGUACAUUUAUUUUAAGUAGAUUCAGCGAGUUGCACUGUGUACAGUGGUUGCCAGAUUUUCCUGCAACCCCCCCCCCCCCCAAUAAUUCCUAAAAACAAUUGCACUGCAGUAAAGGUCCUCGCAAAGGACAAUUUUUUAGAAGGUGUUAAAUUCAGAAUGUGAACCCUGGUAAUUGUGUCCAUCCCCAACCCCUUUCCCUCUUCCAUAAAAUGUCAUCGCCUUUCUUGUACUUUGAUCUAGAUAAUGACCUUCCAAAUGAGUUCAAAAAAUCGAAGAUCAAAACUGUCCUUAUAAGAAAAGCGAUUGGUAACUGCUAGGUGUUUAUAAUGAAAUGUGCAUUCGCCUUGCAGUUGACAUUAAAACAACACAAAUGUCAAAACGAGCGCCUUGCCAUUAUUUGAUAGAGAAAAACUCAACUUUUAGCAAAGUUUAGAUUGUAAAAUGCAUCCUUUAGCCAAUUGUAGUUUUAGGUGCCAACUCCUGUCUUCGUCCUCUAGUAUUAUUAGUUUUGUUUCUUUAGCACCAUACCAGUGUAGGCCUACUCAUCCAAAGAUUAAUUAUUGCUGUAAAUAUUAUUCAUCCGCAUUCGGCUUCCCACUUGUUUGCAUAAACGAAUAGAUAAUUAGUUAAGCACCGCCCACUGGCAUGGUGAGGUGCAUGUUUAGUUGUAAAGGCAUACUGGCAUUGUCUAACAGGCAAACUAUUCACAAAGUAUAUAGCGAUAUGUUACGUUUGCUCUCCGUGACGUCACCACAGGCUUCUUGCUAAUAAAGGGUAUGAGUCUUUGAUGACAAUUACAUCUCGUCGGCCACUUUUGAAUUUGCUUGGAUCGCAGGUUUAUAUUUUGUGGGCGAGGCCAGAGGAAAAACUAUCAUUUCGAGACGGCCCAUCAUAGUAGCAUCCCCAAUACGACCAAUUAGGUGACGUCGUCUAAAACUGAGUAAUUUAAGUUAUCCAGUGUAAAUAAUUUUAAAAUAAAAAGCCGGAUAAUAACUAAUAAUAAAUCGUAAAGGGUGGAUUUCGGUUCAAGCCAAAACGCAAGAGGCUUCUACGUGAUUUAAAACAUAAAACAUAAAACAGCAGUUGUGUGAAACCAUGUGUUCACUCACUGUCAACUUCGAUAAUUAACAGCAUUUUGUUGGUUUUUGCUCAAGUACUUAAGACUGUUAAACCGCAAGUCUGGUGAGAUGAUAUUCAUAACUUAUAAUUAUGAAUUAUAUAAGAUUUGGGCAUACACAUUAUCGCUACCGUUCAAAAGGUAUACAAAGUCGUCGAUGUUCUUUUAUUUGACAAUUUUUCUGGUCAACAUCAUUGUUUAGUACCAUUAUUAAAGCAAUUAGGUUUAUAUUAAAGACAGGCAUAUUCAAAUAAA